AGUCCGGACACUUUCACCCCCUUCCAGUCCGGACACUUUCCCCCCCUUCCAGUCCGGACACUUUCUCCCCCUUCCAGUCCGGACACUUUCACCCUCUUCCAGUCCGGACACUUUCACCCCCUUCCAGUCCGGACACUUUCACCCUCUUCCAGUCCGGACACUUUCACCCCCUUCCAUUCCGGACACUUUCACCCCCUUCCAGUCCGGACACCUUCUCCCCCUUCCAGUCCGGACCUUUCCCCCCCUUCCUGUCCAGGCCAAUUUUCAGCUUUCAGCGCUAUCACACUUUGA